CUCCACUAUCGACGCUAUCAGCGUCACUAUCAGAAUUGCUCCCAUUUUCCAGGCUCUUCAGAGACCUUGCGGCGAUCGUCGAGUUGUAGACGUCAAAAGGACUGUUUCCCUCGUGGUCUUUCGUCUUGAUCAGGAGUCCGACUUUAUGAACGGCGUUCAGAUUAUGGCUCGUCAAGUCCACCCGUUCCUUUUCCAACAACAGUCGCGCAAUCGAAACAUUUCCAGCGUAUAAGGAUCGAUGGAGGGCAUUCCAACCACUCUCGGGGUCUUGGACGUAGAGAUCUAUGGCAGGGUGUUCGAUAAGAGCCUGGACAAACUGGUGGGCGUUCGGGUCGGUCGAUGAGGCAGCGCGAAGUAGAACUGUCAAUCCAGCAUGGUCGCGGCUGUUGACUUCGGUUCGUCCAAGAUGUGUAUUGCCGUCCUUCGAUUUCCCAGGUGUCUGCGGAUGGCCAGAAACUCGUCGCUGCUUAUUCGCCGGUCGUGGGGAAGUCCCUGGAAGACCAGAGCUUCCACCGAAGAGUGCGCCAGUUCCUCCUAUUGCAGGGCUCUUCGAUAACGACUGGGCAUUGUAGCUGGUUGGGGCCAGCAGACGCCGAAACCGGUCGACAUCGUUUUCCCAGUAGGAUUUCCACAAUAAGUGACUCAUGGGCAGGGGGCGAGAGAACUCUCCUGGGCGCGAAAGGCACCUCGCUGUGACGCUCGUUGGGUCACGGCCUGUUUAAAGGUGCAAUUUGAAGCGCAGGAGAGCUUGGGAGGAUGACAAGCCCAGGUAAAGUUGCGCAGAAGUUGAGGUUGCUGGCGCAAAGAUUGCGACGGUUGCUUGUGAUUGGUGUAGGUAGGUUGCCACCCAGCGCGUGUUCGACCGGUUAAUAGGGAGAGCGUAAAGGGGCGCUGGUCGUUUUGGGUCUUCGGAUGAAGGGCAAUUUUUGUUGAGAGUUGUCUUCUGUAGCGUAACAGAUGCAGGGACACUUUUCUUUAUUCAGAAGACGAAAGGAAUGGGAUUUGUCAGAUCGGGAUGGUCAAGAGGCGAUGUCAUUAAUGACCUUGAGAUUCGAUAGCGAGGGCCCCGCCAGCCAAUUGUGCGCGUCAGCAAGUGCAUUCAGCAUGGUGUCCCAAUCGCAACCCUGGUUAGCAGCUAGGGGAGACGGGGCGUCAAAAGAGACCCCGUAAUAGCGAAAGCCUGAUACUUGAUUCUUAUAAGUUCUAAGCAUCCAUUGUCAAUUAGAAGAUGAUCCCAUUUCUCAAGGUGUUAUACCUUACCAAUAUUGCUAUUAUGUACCACAUCUCCUACUAUUAUAAUAGUAUUCUGUGAUGAUAUCUUACAUAAAAGUCACAAACGUAUUCCCUCUUUUCUGUCACCGUUGUAUCCAUCGAUGGAGAACCUACCCCGCCAUCCAGAAACUCCCCUCCAUGAAUUGCGGACUGAGGUUGAACCAAUAACGGAUCUCUUUUCCAAGGUGUGCAACUCUGAAGCUCUGAAACUUAGUCUUGCGCUUCACCACAUGCUUCUAAUUGGAGUUUCUCAUUUGCCGCUUUCGAGAUUUGUAGGAAGCAUUUACGUCACGUUCUCCAAGGACCCUACCAGGCCGCAUCAUGCAGCGAUUAGAUAAGUUGCGGACAACAUGCAUCUAUUCAAGUCAUGAUACUCGCAUCUUUACCCUGUAGAAAUUUGUCGCGGUUAUAUAAGCAUUGCAAGCCACGUUUUGAGGCAAUUUUGGGGUAUUUAUUAGCAAUUAUCUGUGAGGGAAAACUAUCCUCUCAAUAUGAGAUACGUAUAGUGUCAAUCUGGGCACCUACUUUGCGUCUCGAUUUCCGAAUAUGUCUCCUCCCCCGCCCGGACCUUGAACUUAACUCCGCUGCCAAAACAUAUCAUGGUAACCUUACCUCAGUUCCAAUGAUCUCUCCCGUUUCAAAAGCAAAUGAUUCCCGAGAUUCUGUGCCUCCUUUAGCCCGCAAAUAGCAAAAUCUAAGUCAUGACAAACUCCUCUUGAGGCUGCUCCUCCAGAGACUCCUCCUCUAGGUCCAUCAUUUCAGCACCGUCAUCGUCACCAUCACCGUCAGGGCGGCGUGGCCGCUUGUGAACACUUCCCAAGACUCGGAAGCCUUCGUCCUCAUCAUCGCCAUCAUUCUCGUCAUCAUCAUCCACGCUGAUAAAACUCCAUUCUCGCUUGGAACCUGAAGAACAGCUGCUCGAGCUCAAGCAUGAAGACGGAGCAGGAGAAGAGAAUGGCAUCUCCAUAGGUUCAGUGAGGUCAAUUGGCGAUUCACGAUCUCCUGCUUGAGGGUUCAGAACCUCAUAGGGGGUAGGGCUCACAAACAAGCUACUGUCAGCGCUGGCCUCCCUCACCGGCGUUAUUUCAGCCUGGUCAGCGAGAACUGGAGGGGUUGCCUUGGGAGGAGACGGCGUUUCAACCUUGGUGGUGAACUCAGGUCGAUGUUCUCGUGGGGGGCUCCGAACGAACAGAGAGGUAGACCGGUCUCUUCCAUACUGGGACCCGUCAUCGUCCUCAUCGUCGCUCAUUAAGUCGAUGGUUUGCCCAUUAUCUGACCAUACCUCUUUCUUCUGUUCUUGUUCAGACUCGGGAUCAGACCGAUUACCAGAUAAGGUAUCGGACCUCCCUGCUACCAGCUCAUCGGCCGGGCUAUCAUCUCGCUCACGGCGGUAGUCAUCUGCAGCAAGAAGUUGAUGAUAGAAGCGGGCAUCUGCGCCGCUAUCACUACCGCCGCUGCCACCAUCAUCAUCGUCAUCACCGUCACUGCCAUCAUCGUCAGUGUCUCCCCCCAUCUCUUCAUCAGAAUUUCCGUCGCUGGCAUCGCCAUCGGAUUCAUUCUCAGAGCUAUCAGUCUGAUCCAAGGCGGCCUGCAGCUGGGGGUACAUAUCAGGAGGUGGUGACAAGAGACCCAUUCGCUGAGGCGCUGGGUUGACGAUUUCCUCAAGCUGCCUAGCGAGUUCGACGGAAGGCUGGAUCAACAAUGGAGCUAGGUACCGAAGCUGGGAGAAGUGUUCAUCAUUUGCAGACUUUUCCCUGCGUACAGACUCAUUGAUAUCACGGACAAAAGUCCAGUCACGAACUGGCAUUUUCGGGGGCUGUCGUCGCGAUUCGUCAUAGUCGAAGAAGGUCAUUUCCCGAACUCCACGAAGGCAGUAUAGAUAAUCAACACCCUGUAACGUACGCAACGCGCGGAAGCGGCGGAAGUUAGGCUGAUUUCUCGACUUUUGUGCCAAGAACCGAACGAUCUGAGGCGGCUCAUGCUUACGUCGCAUAUACUGCCUGGAGGACUCGGGCAGAUGAAUAGCAACUGUCUUUAGUCGACAGGCCUCGGGCAGAUAGGCGAGAUCAUGAGUUCGUCGAGAUACGUACUUGCCCUUUUGGUCGAUCAUGUACGUGAGCUUCUGUGAGCCCAUCCAUAACAGCUCGAUAUACUGCAAAUGUUGGAGUUUGCAUCCGAUUCUGUUCGCAAAGCGACCCUACUCGCCGAUAGAAGAGAAAGCGAAUGUGUUUGCUCCAUAGAACAGGCUCCCACCUAUCAUGUUCCACUCCUUGCAUACCAGAAGAGGGGCAAGGAGUUUCUGAGGAUGAAUUGUUCCAAAUGUGAGAGAAACUCUCUGUCGCCCAAUGUGGAAGCGAUGCAAUAGCGAUAUUUUACCGUUGCAGUUCCGGUUAGGGGAGGCUGGCUCGAAGAAUGGGUCCAAACGAGAGAUAGCGUGAAUGAUAUUCCCAUCAAAAACAAGAGCAUACCGAAGGAUUUUGGUGAUUAUCUUCUGUCGAUCUUUGGUUGGAAGAAUGUCGAAGUUGAACGGGCCGGUAUCUUCUUGGGUUUGUGGGCAUUCGCGUCGGCAAUAUGGCUCAGGAGUACAAACUUCACCCUCUCCUGUGAUAACCCUCUCUUCCUCUUGGAGGGGCGGUGCACACAGAGUGAGGUAAGGGUGUGUCCUGAGUGGCGUGGACUUGCCGAAAACUGAAGGCAUAUUCUCUUCCUGGCAAGCGAGCUUGUGAAUCUGUCCCCAAUUCUCAUAGUCACGAUGACGACCAUGAGUGAUCCAAUACGUUGAUAAGUACAUACACGUUCUGUCUUUCGGGCUUUCACUGGUGCGCCCCGCCACUCACGAA